AUGAUCAACUCCUGUUAUGACUCUGUCUGCUAUGACCAGGGCUGUGGCCAAGACUUCUAUGAAGAGGCUUGCGGUGGCCCAACCUGCUGUCAGACUGCUUGUCAGACCACCUGCUGCCGUCCAAGCUGUGGUGGGUCCAGCUGCUGCCGCCCAGUCUGCUGUCAGACCACCUGCCGCCCCAGCUGUGGUGUGCCUAGCUGUGGUGGGUCCAGCUGUGGUGGGUCCAGCUGCUUCCGCCCAGUCUCUGUUCAGAUUACCUGCCGCCCCAGCUGUGGUGUGCCCAGCUGUGGUGUGCCCAGCUGUGGCGGGUCCAGCUGUGGCGGGUCCAGUUGCAUCCGCCCAGUCUCCUGUCAGACCACCUGCCGCCCCAGCUGUGGCGUGCCCAGCUGUGGUGUGCCCAGCUGUGGUGGGUCCAGCUGCAUCCGCCCAGUCUCCUGUCAGACCACCUGUCGCCCCAGCUGUGGUGUGCCCAGCUGUGGUGGGUCCAGCUGCAUCCGCCCAGUCAUCUGCCAGACCACCUGCCGCCCCAGCUGUGGUGUGCCCAGCUGUGGUGUGCCCAGCUGUGGUGGGUCCAGCUGCAUCCGCCCAGUCUCCUGUCAGACCACCUGUCGCCCCAGCUGUGGUGUGCCCAGCUGUGGUGUGCCCAGCUGUGACUACCUGCUUUGGUACAUCUUGCUCUCGCCCCAGCUGUUAAAUCUCAUAUCUGACUAA